CUGUCCUGUCCCUGCCUACUCUGAAUAGAAACUCCAGCUCAGUUCAACCUGAGGGACUCACAGAGAGCAGCUGCUGAUCCUCAUCUUCUCCACCUCCCAUCUCAGGUAGCACUCAUGGCAAACGGCUUCAAAAACACCCAAAAGGUCCAGAUAGGGGUGAUUGGGUUGCUGGUCGUCUGGUCCAUCAUCUCCAUCAUCAUCAUUGUGGUGUGGGCCACGUCUCCAGACCUGAAGGGCUCGGCCCAGUGCCGCGCUGAGCUGCGGGACAUGACGACGAAGCUGGAGGGAGCCAAGGUGCAGUUCAGGGAGAACAAGAUGGCCCUAGAGGAGCAGGUGUUGGAGGCGAGGGAGGACCAGGAUCAACUGAAACGGAAGAUCCUGCUGCUGGAGAGACACCUAAACACCACCAACACCAUGCUAGAGAAAUGCCAGCAGAAAAAUGUCGCCCUGGCCAUGAACGUCACUGCUCUGCAGGAGGACAUCAGGCUGCUGCAGCAGAAGGAGGCGAACCUCACGGAGAAGCUCAGCCUGCAGGAAGAGCACAUCGAGGCCUUGCAAGUGAACCUGACCGAGGCUGUCCAUCAGAACAACUCCUGGUUUAGCCUGAAGGAGGCAGCUGAGAGCCAUGUGUUAGCAGCUCAGAGUCAGACCAAAGCCUGCGAGGCCAGGAAGCAGCUCCUGGAGAAACAGAUUCAAAAGUGUAAAACUGCUGAAUCAGAAACUCAACAGGACAAAGGUCAAUCAGGCUCCUCAGCCCCAUCACCUUCCAACACUGCUACCGCUCCCCUCGCUGGUAUUCCUGCAAUGACGCUACUCGUUUGUGCUGCUCUGCAUCUGACAACCUGAGUUCAAUGCGGAGGCGGGUCAAACUGACAGGAAGCCCAACGGUCCAGGAGGAGGCGGAGCCUGAACCAACAUGACUGCUGCACAAACUUCCUGUCUGCGUGACAGGGUUGCCAUGGAGACGCUGUCAUAUGAUGGAUGCUCGGAGAGACAGACUUUAAUUUCUUGCUUUCAACUCCACAUUUGAAACGCUUAAUGUUGGACCCUCCAAGCUUUGCUGCUCUUCCCCUCACAGCACCGGUGUCCAGAUCCAAGUAUCUGAGCUGUUUUAUUUUUCUGUUGUGGCUUUAAUCAGGCUGAGAGACUGUUUCCACUAAACGUCUGUGUGCUUUGUUCUAAUGCCACAACGAUUACUGCUUGAAACCUUUCGUCACUGCAGAAAACCUAAGACUCAACUUUUAGAUGUUAUGAAGUUCUGUCAGAUGCUGGUUUAAAAUAUGGCUCAGGGUUGGAUGUACUCAUUUAAAAAAUAAAUCUGAGCACUUUCUAAAAUGUGUUUUCUUCACUUUUGUGACGAUCAGAUGAAGGAAAGUGCUUUCUUCUUAAAAUCUAAGAGCAGGAUAUAAACAGAUUUGAUGCCACUGCAUUUCAGACACAGACAGACUGCAUGCAGUGGUCCUCAGGGCCCACCGUCCUUCAUGUGUUAGGACCACCUCUGCUCCAGCACACCUGAUCUGAAUGAUUGCAUGAACCUCCUCAGUAUGCCAUUAAGUGCUCCAGAAGCUUGGAUCGGGUGUGCUGCAGCAGGGAAACACCUAAAACAAGCAGGACAGUGGGUCCGGGGGACCAGGAUUAAGAAGUCAUGUGCAUGUACUUUCUGUUCCUAUGGACCUGGGAUGCCCAAGUCCAAGUCCUUUCCUCAAGAGCUACUAUCCUGCAGCUAUUAGAUACAUCCAGUCUUCAAUACACCUGAAUCUAAAGGCUGAACUCCCACCAUUUGAUUUGGGGGUUCUCCUUCGUCUUAGGUUUACUGGCAGUUGGUAGAGAGCUAUUUGGUGCAUUACCGCCACCAACUGGUAAGGAGUGGGGCAAUUCAGGUGUGUUGGGAGACCUGGUGGAUAGCAGGAAUGGACUUGGGCACCACUGCUGCAGACGGCUCAAAGCCCUUCAUGGUACAAAUAACAAUAGACCAGAAAUUCAGAAAUCUGCAAAGGUCCAAAGGACCUUGUUCCAGAAAUCAUGGUUCAUUCAGAUGCAUCUUUAAGGCUCCUUUAUUCAUCUCUUCAAAACAAUGAAGUAACUUUUUACAAAACCAAAUGGAGACAGACACCAUCACUGGGCUUGUUAUUGAGAACUGGCACCCCGAAAACGUUUGUAUUCAUUUAUAAAUCUUACUGCUUGCUCCUUUCCAGUAUUUACCAAUUAAAACAUUUAUAUUGAAAAUGA